AUGUUGGCUUCCCCAGGUCAUUCCCCGCGCCACAUCAGCUCGCCUCCUCCCACUUCCGAGCCUCCCUCGCCCCCUUCCGGCUCGAAAAACUCCCCUCCGGCAAAAGCCGCUUCAGCCAAAUCAUUACCGCUUACAACCGCACUUACCACGUCUGGUAUUAUCACUCUCUCCGCCACCCCUCGGCGGGGGGAGCGCAUGGGUCCCCCUCCCACGAAGCGUCCGCGUCCUCGCCGCGCGCCAGUUGUUCUUGACGAGGACACUUAUAUCGAAGCAAUCGAGCGGAUCGUUCAGCGGGAUUACUUUCCGGAUCUCCCGCGGCUCCAGAACCGGCUGGAGUGGUUGGAAGCGGUGCGAUCUGGUGAUCCUGUGCUGAUUCGCGAGGCGCAGGUGAAUAUUUUACGAAGACGCGCGGAAGCUUCUGCUGCUGCUGGUGGAGGGUCGAGCCGCGGGAGCGAGGGACGGAGUGACUUACGUAGUGGAUUAAGGAGCGGUCGAGGCGGUUCCACCCUAUCGACUCCCGCGCUUUCCGCGGGCGCGCCUAGUCCCGCGCCUAGCCUCUUAUCCGAAGGCGAUCUAAGGACGUCGGAGUGGGAUAGAGAUGAGGAGAGACUAACAGGGCGGAGGAUAGGUAGCAGGGGGAGAGUAUCGGGAGAUUUAGCAGCAGCAGCAGCGGCGGCGGCCGCGGCGGGGGCAGUGGGGAUGGAAGGAGACAGUAGGAUUGGAGAGGGAGAGGGGGGCGGAGGACCCGAUACAAGCUUGUCGCUUGACGAAUUUGUUAAGAGGUACACCAGCGAGGAUAACGCUUCGUUUGUGGAGAUUAAGGAGAAGGAUAAUCGCCGGCGCAUGGCUAAGGUAGCGCAUCUGCUAGCAUUGGAACAAGGCCCAGGGGGGGGAGCGGAAGGGGGAAAAGGGGGGGAGGAAGGGGGAAAAAUUGGUUCGGGGCAGGCAGGGGUGAAGCAGCUCACUGGCUCAGGAGACGCGGUGAAGCUUAUAACUUGGACGGGUGAGAACGAGGACCGGAAAACGGACGGGUUUGGGUCGACGGGGCAACCGACUAGUACACUCGAAACGUGGAAAUACACUGCGCGUAAUGCGCUGAUGUACCCACCUGCUUGUAGAGAGGAUGCCCCUUUUUCCGUGAGAGAAAAGGAGCUUCGAUCAGCAGGACCACCUAAGGAAGUCCAUAAAGCGAACACGAGGUUUCACGGGAGUGCCACGGGUGGUGGUAACCAGACGGCGCAGCAGCAGAAGCAGCCUCCAGAGGAAAUAUCUGCGGCUCUGUUCACGCCGUUACCUGGGGGUACCCCACUGCCUUACAUAGACCCUUCGGGGGAACGCGACGGGAGAAAGAGAUACGAUUUGGAGGAUCUGAGGAGAACACCUGUAGGAGUGGGGAUAGCAGGAGGAGCAGGAGGAGCAGGAGGGGCAGGAGGGGCAGGAGGGGCAGGAGGGGUAGGAGGAGUGGGAAGAGGAGGAGACGGUAGAGGGCAGCAGCAGUCAGAAUACGACUAUGUAGCAACCCCGUCUCCUGCUCCUGGCGUUGAUGCCUCCCCUUUCAUGACCUGGGGAGAGCUAGACGGCACGCCGCUGCGUCUAGACGCUGAGGACACUCCAGUGGGGUUCAACGAGAUAGGAGGGGUGGGCGCUGGGGGGCCGCAAUUCACACCUGUGAGAGGGAUCGGAGGGGGAGGAGGAGGAGGGAUGAUGUCUCCUUUUGUGUCUCCUGGACUGAAAGGCACGACGCCUGGUGGCGGUGCUGCUGGGAUGGGCACAUGGGGAGGGCAGAGUCCGUUGGUGAGCGGAGGAGGGGGGUUAGGAGGGCCGUCGGGAGGGGGAUUAUCGGCAGCAGCACAGAAGCUGGUGUCUCGGGCUAUGAAACGGAGUAAAGUGAUUGUUGAUCCGAAGCUGAGAGCGAGUUACUCGGCUUCUCCUGCUGGGGUUGGGAGUGUGGGGAGUGGGGGGAGGGAUGGGAGGAGCAGGAGUAGGAGCAGGAGCAGGAGUGUGGUGGGGACACCGGAGCAGAGGAGAGGGCGUUUGGGCACGCCUGGGUCUGUUGCUGGUGGUGCUGACUCGCCUGUUGUGAUUCGGUCGCUGAGAGGGACUUGCUGCAUAGGAAAUGAGGAGACGGCUUGUGCGCUGCAGCAGGGAGGCCCGUUGCUGCUGAUUGUCUUAAUCAAUCGCCAAUAUGAUCUCCUUCCCGCCCUCCCUCCCACCUUCCCACCCUUCCUCCCACCUUCCCGCCCUCCCUCCCACCUCUCCGCCCUCCCUCCCACCUCUCCGCCCUCCCUCCCACCUCCCCGCCCUCCCUCCCACCUCUCCGCCCUCCCACCCACCAUGUACCAGUUAAUCACAUGCACCGUAGGCAUUGGUACCCUCCUACCGUACGCAACCACCACCACCUCGUCAUCAGAAUCUAUCGCCACUAUAAUCUCCUCCCCACCCGCCCUCCCUCCCACCACCAUGUAA